AUGGCUGAUUCGUCUACUUCACCGUCGCUUAACGACAGUCGACGUUUGGAUUACGGUAAUCUCAAGUUUGCCUACGCUGACGGUUCCGACGACGAAAGUGGCUCUGUAACUUCGGAGUUACCUUCCUGCGUGUAUGCUGCAGCCAGGAGCCGGCUUCAACUACCUUUAGCAGCAUACGUCCACCAGCAUACGCGGCAACUGCACACAGAAGCUCUGCUGGAAUCAUCGGUGGAGCCCGACUACCAGUGCUCAGGAGGCUCUCCGUACCGGGUGCAACGAGCCGCUGCCAACGUGAGGGAGCGUCGCCGCAUGCUGAGGUCCGGCCCCAAUGGUAUAAACUCGGCGUUCGAUGAACUGCGCGUGCACGUGCCCACCUUCCCCUACGAGAAGCGACUCAGCAAGAUCGACACACUGCGCCUGGCUAUCGCAUACAUUGCCCUACUAAGAGAGGUAUUGGAGGCAGAUUACGACCCAUUGACUUAUGUAGAGAAAUGCCUUCGCGGCGAAAUUAAAGCUGACCGCGCGCACUGGAACACAAGCGAUCUCACUGCGCGAUUGUCUUGGAUAAACUGGGAAAACCUCGGCGUGAACCCACAAAGAAGGAGCGUCCUAACGUCUUUAGCUUUGAGCUCCGAGAACUUACAAUACACACAUAAU